AUUAUUUAUUAUUUAUUAUUUAUUAUUUAUUAUUGUUAUUGUUAUUGUUUUUGAUUUAGAGAUUAUUAAUUUUUCAAUUUAGAUAAUAAGUAUGAAAGUAUCAUAUAAAUCAAUACAAUUUCUUACUUUGAUCUUGUCAUAUACAUCUCUAGUUAGUGCUUGGUCUCCUACAGAUUCUUAUGCUCCUGGUCCCAUAGAUUGUCCUCUGGACUUACAAUUAACCAGAUCGGCCGACGGGUUAUCUCAGUCGGAGUUGUCCUGGUUGCAAGGUCGUGAUAAAAUUACAAACCAAAAUUUGAUUUCAUUUUUAAAACAAGUUAAUAUGACUGAUUUCGAUCCAGAAGAGUAUAUUACAAAUACAGCUUCUAAUGAAACAAUUAGAAUUGGAAUUGCAUUUUCUGGUGGUGGUUAUAGAGCUAUGUUAAGUGGUGCUGGACAAUUAUCAGCUUUAGAUAAUAGAACAACUAAUGCCACUGAAGCUGGUUUAGGUGGUUUAUUACAAGCUUCAACAUAUUUAGUAGGGUUAUCGGGUGGUAAUUGGUUAGUUGGUACUAUUGCAAUGAAUAAUUUUACUGAUGUUCAAACCAUUCUAGAUGAAGGUAUACUUUGGGAUUUAACACAUUCUAUAGCUAAUUUUGGUGGAAUUAAUAUAUUUAAAACUUACGAUUAUUAUUCAAGUAUUGAUGAUGAUAUAAAUGAUAAAGAGAAUGCUGGAUUUAAAAUUUCAUUUACUGAUGUUUGGGGUAGAGCUUUAAGUCAUCAAUUUUUUGCAGGAUUAAAUGAUACAGGUGCUGCAUUAACUUGGUCUACAUUACAAGAAUCUCCAGUCUUUCAAAAUUUUGAAAUGCCAUUCCCUAUUGUAGUCACUGAUGGUAGAACACCUGGUUCAACUAUUAUAAGUGGAAAUUCAACCAUAUUUGAAGUUAAUCCCUUUGAAUUAGGUUCAUGGGAUCCUUCAUUAUAUCAAUUUACUCAAGUUAAAUAUUUAGGAACAAAUACUACCGAUGGUAAACCAGUUGAUGGUAAAUGUAUUGGAGGUUUUGAUAAUGCCGGAUUUAUAAUGGGUACUUCUUCAUCAUUGUUUAACCAAUUUAUCUUACAAAUUAAUACAACUUCUUUAUCGUCAGCCAUCAAAGAUAUUGUUAGCGAUAUCUUAGAAAAGGCAAGUGAACAUGAAGUGGAUAUUGCUAUUUAUGAACCAAACCCAUUCUAUGAUACAGAAAUUGGAUCUACAUCAAUCACCAAUAAUGAUACCUUAUUCUUAUGUGAUGGUGGAGAAGAUUUACAAAAUAUUCCUUUACAACCAUUGAUUCAUCCAGAAAGAGAAGUUGACGUUAUUUUUGCAUUUGAUAACUCGGCUGAUACAGAUCAAUCAUGGCCAAAUGGUACCUCCAUUGUUGCUACUUUUGAGAGACAAUUCUUACCUAUUGGUAAUGGUACUUUAUUCCCAUACGUACCAGAUGAAGAAAGUUUAAGAAACUUGAAUUUAACUGCAAAACCUACAUUUUUUGGUUGUGAUAUUCAGAACUUGACCCUGUUAUUAAAUUCCAGUCUUGCUACUUCUAAAGGUGAUAUUUAUGAUACUCCAUUAGUUGUAUACACUGCCAAUCGUCCAUUUUCUUUCUGGUCCAAUGAAUCGACAUUCAAAUUAAGUUAUGAAGAUUGGGAAAGAGAUGGUAUGAUUCAAAAUGGUUUCGAAGUAGCUUCUAGAUUAAACAAUACUUUAGAUCCAGAAUGGCCUGCAUGUGUAGGAUGUGCUAUUAUUAGAAGAAGUCAAGAAAGGUUAGGAAUUGAUCAGUCUGAACAAUGUCAACAAUGUUUCCAAAGAUACUGUUGGAAUGGACAAAUUGAUGAUUCACAAAUUCCUCCACUCAACUUCACAGAAACAGGUUUAACAGAUGGUGCAGAAGAAAGUGGUAAUAGAACUAUUAGUGCUAGUUCUACUUUGUUACUGAAAGAAAAUAAAUUCUCUUUAUAUCAAAUAAUGGGAAUUGGUAUAAUUACUUUUGCAGUUUUUGCUAUUAAUUUAUAAAAGUGUAAACCACAUGUAUAAUGCAUAUAAGUAUAUAAAUUAGUUGAUGUCGUUAUUAUAUUGAGAAUACAUAUUUUGCUACGGAAAAAAAAAA